CCAGUUUUCGUGGUUUUUACAUUUUGCGGCAAGAAAUAGCAAUUAUACUAAUAGUCAAAUUUUUGGACGACUAUUAUGUGAAGUAAAAUAAAGAGCUCUAUAGUAUUUAAUUUUUUAAAUGGAUGGAAAAUAAAUUAGACGACUUCAAUAAAAGUUUAAAAUAUGAAAGCUUAUGUCAAAAGUUUCAAACAAUCGUUUGUUUACAGUUUUGUUGAGGUCGUUGGCAACCAAAAUAAUCCAUUUACGGCGCAAUAAAUAUUAAAGUGUCGUAAAUCAAUUGAUUACAAGAGAUAAGGCAUUCUUAAAAGUAAAGCUGUAUUAAUAUUUCCUUAUUCAAUAAAAAUAUUUUUUUUUCUUGUCAAGAUGAGAACUGUACCAAAAUGGGUUAAUAAAAUACAUGAAGCUGAUAAAAUAGAGUGCUCUAGUGUACAAACAAUAUGCUUUAGUCCAGAUGGAACUCAGCUAAUUGUAGGAGCUGGGGAGAAAAUAAUGAUUUAUGAUCCCAAAGAAGGUGCUUUAGUCCAGCUUCUACAGGCACAUAAAGGCCCAGUUCAUGCUGUAGACUAUUGCAAAGAUGGCAAGAAAUUUGCCAGCGGUAGUGCUGAUAAAAAUGUUAUAAUUUGGAAUUCUAAAAUGGAAGGCAUACUAAAAUAUUCCCACAGCGAAGCUAUACAAUGCCUUGCUUAUAAUCCAGUAACUUAUCACUUGGCGUCAUGUGCAUUGUCAGAUUUUGCAUUUUGGUCUGCAGACGUAAAGGCUGUGCAAAAGUUUAAAUUAUCUGGACGGAUAACCAGCUGUGCUUGGUCUUGGAAUGGACAAUAUUUGGCAAUAGGUCUAGCAAGUGGUGUAGUUUCAUUGAGGGAUAAAGUAGGUGAAGAACUACAGAAGAUAGAAAGAGACGCAGCAGUGUGGGCAGUUGCUUUUUCAAAAAGCACUCUAUUGGUCACCGAUUGGAAUGAAACCCUUUCAUUUUAUGAUAUACUCGGACAGCAAGUUGGCAAGGAUAAGAAUAUUGGAUUGGCAGCUUUAUCCAUAUCAGUUGUAGGAGCUCUAUUGUUAGUGGGUGGAAUAGGAGGUUGGUCAGUACUUACAUCUGAGGGGACUUUAAUUGUUAAUACGGAAUUGGAAUGGGUCUGGUCUAUAGCCCCAUCACCAACAUUUAAUAGCUUGGCUGUUGCAUGUCAAGAUGGCAGUUUGUGGUGUUAUCAGGUGGUUUUCAACACAGUACAUGGUUUGUACAGAGACAAGUAUGCAUACAGAGAAAACAUGACUGAUGUUAUUAUACAGCAUCUCUCUUCAGGAAAUAAAGUUCGAAUAAAAUGCCAUGAUAAAGUUCAGAAGAUUGCAAUAUACAAACAAAAAUUAGCAGUGCAAUUACCAGAAAGAGUAUUGAUAUAUGAACAAACUGAUAAUGAUGGUUUGAUGUAUAGAGUGAGGGAUAAACUAGUUCAAAAGGCAGAAUGCUCUCUACUCGUUGCCACCAGUCAGACACUGCUAUUAUGUCAGGAUACGAAAUUAGUUUUAUUAGGAGCUCAUGUACCAAAGUCAUGGGAAAUGCCUGCACCUAUACGUUAUGUUAAAGUGACAACUUUAUAUUUUCAAGAGGUUCUACUUCUGGGAUUGUUAAAUGGACAAAUACACCAAGUGGAAGUAGACACCGGCAAUUCAAAAGUGCUCCUGCAGACGCCCUCUAGCGUGCGUUGUCUGGACGUGAACGCGUCUCGCACGCGGCUCGCCGUCGUCGACGAGACGUCCGCGUGCCGCGUGUACGCGUUGCCCACCGCUGAGCUGUUGUUCACUGAGGAAAAUAUUUCAUCUGUAUCAUAUAACCUCUGGUUCGAUGAUCUGCUCUGUCUGUCUGGGGGAGACUUACUGUCGAUAAAGGCCAGUAACUUCCCCGCCGCUACGCAACCGCUCAAUGGAUCAGUCGUUGGUUUUCAGGGUGGUCGCGUAUUCUGCUUGCAGUCCAACUCCAUGCAAUCUAUAAAUGUACCAUUAUCGCAUGCAGUUCAUCAGUAUGUUCAACAAAAGAUGUUCAAUGAAGCGUAUGCAGUAGCCUGUUUAGGGGUGACUGCAUUAGAUUGGGAACGUCUUGGUACUGCUGCGUUAGAGGAAUUGUCAUUUGAAGUGGCUAAAAAAGCUUUCCAGAGAAGCGAGAAUAUCAUGUUUCUUACUCUUAUAGAUCAUUUGCAGGAGCGAUUAGACGCUGGCGAACGGAGAGCAGUGAUAAUUGGUGAUGUGCUCGCUUAUCGAGGACGAUAUGCAGAUGCAGCAAGAUCCUACCAGAGUAUUGUAAGAGACGACAAAGCGUUAGAUAUGUAUGUGGACCUGAGAAUGUUCGGGAAGGCUCAAGAAUUUGUCGGUGAAGGCGAGAGUCUGACAGCGCUAACACGCAGGAAAGCGGAGUGGGCGCGCCGAGUGAACGAGCCGAGAGCCGCAGCCGAGAUGUACCUAGCCGCUGGAGACGUGAAGAGAGCGGCCACCAUACUGGCCGAGAGCGGCAAACGGGACAUGCUGAUAGAACUAGCGCGCAAAAUGGAUAAGGGUUCGAGUGAAUCCCUCCGGCACUUGGCGGACGCGCUCGUGACCGCUGGCGAGUAUCCCACUGCUGGAGACGUGUAUGCGAGACUUGGAGAUUAUAGGAAAGUAGCCCAAUUGGCGGUGAGCUCGGGCGAAUGGUCGCGGGCGUUUGCCCUGGCCCGGGAACACCCAGAGUGCAAACAUGAUGUCUACUUGCCGUACGCGCAUCGAAUGGCGCAGGAAAAUAAAUUCGUUGAGGCUCAAAAGGCAUACUACAUGGCGGGUGAGACAGCAACAGCAGAGCGCGUGCUAAGUGUGUUAGUGAAGAACGCAAUUAGCGAGGAGCGGUUUAGCGACUCAGGGUACUUGCAUCAUUUACUAGCCGCACAGUGUUUGGAAACAGCCGCUGAUAAUCAAAGUGAGCGCGCUACAUCGCUGCAUCGGUACGCGCACAACGACCGGCUGGCGCGGGUCUACCACGCGUACGACGCAGUACACCGCUGCGUGCACGAGCCGUUCGCGCUGAGUCAGCCGGACGCGCUGCUGAACGCGGCGCGGUACGUGCUUGCCGCGCUCGAAGGGGAGCCGCCGCCCGGUGUGUCCAUGUUCUGCCUGUAUCUGUGUAUGGCAAAACAAGCAAAGAUAUUGAACGCGAAUUUUUUGGCCCGUAAAAUGCUGGAUAAAAUUUUGGCUCUACAAAUUCCACAGAAGUUUCAGGAGAGCGUGGAACUGUUGAUGCUCAAAAGCGGCGGCAGCAGCGGCGGCGACAGCGAGGAGGAGGUGUCGCCGCUGUGCUGGCGCUGCCGCCGGCACGCGCCGCCGCUCGCCGCGCGCUGCCCGCGCUGCGGACACGCGCUCGUGCACUCGCUGGCCACGCACGAAGUUCUACCAUUGGUGCAAUUCGUGCCAGCCGAGGGUAUAUCGUACGAAGAAGCGUUACGACUGAUCGAAAGAAUGCCGCUGGAAGAAAAAUCCGAAGAACAUUCCGAAAUAUUAACAAUCAAUCACGACAUUGAUACAGCCGAUCCUUUCUUGGAUAAAAUUGACGAGGAUGACGAGAGCGGUGUUGUAGUAUGCAGCAGGCAGGCGUUGUUGCAGCUGAGCCCGGCCGCCGUGCUGGUUGUGGACAAGCGGCCGCUCGCACCGCUUUUCUAUAGAAACAUGUUGCCCGAAUUACCCGUCACUACUUGUGACAGCUGUAAUAAUUUAUUCUACAUGGAGGACUACGAAAUACAACUAGUGACAAAGGGACACUGCGGCUUCUGUAGGUAUUCCAUUGAAGAGGAUAAAUCUCGAGAGAGCUCUAUACAUGACUCGUCUAACAAUGACUCUAACGAAUCCACUCCUAACAGCCCCAGCAAUGGACAUAACAUGCCGUGGCGAUAGUUGAACUGACAUAUUGUGUAUUGGAUUCUCCAAUCAUUUGUUGUACCUAUUUUUAUUUCCUAUCUCCCGGUAAAUGUACUUUUUCUACGAAAGAAUGAGUAUAGCAUUGAAAGUAAUUUGUAAAAAGAUUUGCACGAAUAAUGUUUUGUUGAACAUAAAGUAAGCCAUAUUUUAUUGUACAGUAUUAUAAUGAAUGUGUGUUUUGUCAUAUUCGCCAGUAAUGUUGUCAAUUUAUAGAUACACCCGUAUUUUAUUAGGUAUUGUUAGAAGUAAUUAAGUACAAAAGAUUAGUCUUUUGUUUCUCAAUGCAUUUUUGCCCCAAUAUUUUUAAACUCGCACCAACAAUGAAUGUAUUUAAACCAUUUAAAUGUUUAAACCGUUUUUUUUUUUUUAAAUAUCAAUUUUGAUCUAAAAUUGCUUUAAUAUCCAGCGAGAAUCGAACUUAGAGCCAGUUAGGUACAGAUAUUUUUAUUGUUUCAUCAUCCGAAUCAACUAUCCUAUCCUACUAAUAUGAUAAAUGCGAAAGUUUGUAAGGAUGUGUGUGUGUUUGUUGCUCUUUC